AUAUUUUCUUUGGUGGAUUGUCGAGUCGCUGGUCAUCGCUUCCACGUUGCGGUUUUCAUCCUUUUACUGGUUUUUCCAAGUUUUGUGUUGGGAAGGACUUGGUGAAUUUACGGAAAUUGAACCUCUCUUUGUUUGUUGGUCGCUCAGUUAUUGGUUUGUCUGGUAGUACUAUGAGUACAGAUUCCCCUCGAGUUGCAGUGGUGACUGGAGCCAACAAAGGUAUUGGCUAUGCCAUAGUGAGACAGCUAGCCGAUCCCAAUUUGUCUUUGACUGUCGUUUUAACCAGCCGUGAUGAAGAACGAGGCAAACAAGCGGUUGCAGCUUUGGCAGCUGAAGGACUGGAUGUUUUAUUUCAUCAGCUUGACAUUACCAAAGAGCCUAGUAUCUCUGCUUUUGCCAAUUGGUUAAAAGAUCGUUUCCAGGGUCUGGAUAUACUAGUCAACAACGCCGGUAUGGCAUAUCGUGGGGAUGCCUUUGGUUAUGAAGUUGCCAAAGACACUGUGGAUUGCAACUACUUUGGGACUCUACACGUGAUCGAAAAGCUAUCUCCUUUGCUACGUGAAGGUGCCCGUGUAGUGAAUGUUUCUAGUAGAGCUGGAAAAUUUUCUCGUCUUUCUCCUCAACUUCGAAAUGCUAUGUUUCGUCGUGAUUUGACUAUUCCAGAGUUAUCAGCAAUGAUGAAUGAUUUUAUACAGAGUGUCAAAGAAGGGACUUGGGAACAAAAGGGUUGGCCUAAGCAAACCUAUGCCGUGAGUAAGAUGGGCGUGACUAUAAUGACACGUAUUUUGGCUCGAGAAGAGAAGCGUCCUAAUAUAUUGUAUAAUGCUUGUUGUCCAGGUUAUGUGAGAACAGAUAUGACAAAUCCAUCUGCACCUUUAUCACCUGAACAAGGUGCCAAGACUCCUGUUUAUUUAGCUCUAUUGCCAGAAGGUGGUGUUAGUGGUGGUUUCUUUGCGGAUGGAAGACAAUGGAAUAUAAUGGAAGAGUUGUAGGCUUUCGAGCAACCGUUUCAGAUACAUUACCUAGAGACUGUACCCUUCACAGCUUUCGAAUGUUGACGCAAAAACUUGCUCUUUUCAUUCCACCUUUGAGUCGAAUUCUAAAGGGUUGCUGAAUAAAUUCCCCAUUGUUCGU